AUGCCCUCAAUUGAUGCUGGACAAGGGGGAUCUGCGGCGAUGAUGACAACGGGUGAUAUAAAAAUUGAAGGUAUACUGCCCAAAAGAUUUGAAGACGCCCCGAACCAGGCGUACUUUCCUAUUUCUUUGUUAGAUCACAAAAAUACAGAUCCUAAGGCCAUGGACAUAAAGGACACCCAACAGGAUAUCAAGAAAAGAAACUUUACAAGGAGAAUAUCAGAGGAGAAAAAGGUGAUACAAUCUGAGCAAUAUUUUGGUCAAGUAGGCCCCGAUUCCGGCAAUGAACGGCCUCGAUACUCGAAAACGAGCCAUGAAAUUUGGAUGCAGGCAAUGGAACGACGCAGAGAUUCCGCUAUACGAGGCCCCCGAGAACAAAGACCGCUCAUAGGAAGUCAGCAAGGUAAAGCCAAAAGAUCGAAGACGACUAGCAAGGACUCUUUGGCGAAAGGGCAGAGAAAGGAGUGA